AUGGAUUUGCAACAAAGUAUACACACUCUGAAGGAUGAGAUAUUGUUACAUUCUCAAUAUGUUCAGGAAUUUCACUUGCCAUCAGAAUAUCAUGAUAUUAAAACUGAAUAUAUAAGCAGUUGUAGUUAUUCUUCUUUACAUACAUCUGACAAGUAUAAACUCAACAAGGCUAUAUCAGCACUAAAAUACGAAGUAUGUUACCAGUCUACUAUCAUUCGUGAUUUUAACUUGCCAUUCAAAGACUUGGUUGACAAACGGGAAUUACAGCAAAAAUCUGAAGCACGGCUUCAUGUCAGUAGAAUUACAUCAAAGAUAGAAAAAUGUUCGAAACCUCAAAAGAGAAGUAAGCAAAAGAAAUCUACACGAAUGUCUAGAGAAAAGGACAAAGAACGAAAAAGGAAGCAAAGAAAUUUAAAAAAGCAGCUUGAAAAUCCCUGUGAAACGUCACAAUCUGUUGAUGAGGAUCUUUCUGAAACAAAAUGGCAGAAAAUGUAUACUGAAAACGUUUCUUAUAGACAACACAAAAAAGAAUACAGUGAAGAGAAAUACAAUUUAGAUCGACAAAAUAAACAAGUAAAGAUAGAUCAAAUUAAAACGAAAUAUAGACAGGAUAAAAAAUUCCAGCAAGAAGUGAGGGAUAGAAGUAAUAAGAAAUAUCAGUCUGAUACCAAGUUCAAGGAAGGAGUGAAGGAUAGAAGUAAAAAGAAAUACCAGUCUAAUGCAGAAUUUCAACGAGCAGUGAAAGAAAGGAGCAAAACUAAAUAUCACGUGAAUAAACAAUUCAAACAAGCAGUGAAAGACAGAAGUAUAUCCAAGUACCAUGCAAAUGAAGAAUUUCAAAAGACAGUGAAAGAAAGAAGUAAAACGAAAUACAGAUUGAAUAUACAAUUUCAAAAAGCAAUGAGUAAAGCAAGAAGAGACAAGUAUGCUUUUGAUAGAACAUACCGAGAACAGAAAAAGACUUUGACUCGAUUGAGGUAUAGACAGAAUGUGCUUCUCAGAGAAAAAUACAAACGUAGACUACGUCAACAGUACAAAUAUGAGAUAAGAAUACGACAAAAAAAGAUAUCCAUGAUACUACAGAGACGUUUAAAAAAAAACCAGUAUCGUGAUGACAUUGCAUAUUAUUUUCGACAGCAAGUUAGAGAUGGGCCAAGAUAUGUAUGUUCAGUUUGUCAUAAGUUUAAGUUCAGAAAACAGGUUGUUGUAUGUGACAAAUUAAAAUACUCAAAAAAAGGUGAUAAAAGCAUAGCAAUGGCAAAUCAAUGCAUAACUCAACAAUUCCAUACCACUUGUUCCGAUCAAUGUCAAAGCAGCUGUGAAACCAUAUAUCACAAACAAUGGAUUUGUUUUACCUGUCAUUACCACCUUCUGAAAGGCCAAAUGCCAGUCGAUGCCUUUGCCAAUGGUCUACAAUUGCCACCUAUUCCAGAUCAACUUAACUCCUUAAAUAAGUUGGAAAAACAACUCAUCUCUGUAAGGAUUCCCUUCAUGAAAAUUAUACAGCUACCAAAAGGAAACCAGCGAGGAUAUAUAGGCCCAUGUGUUUCAAUUCCAACUGACAUUGAGAAAACCACCAAUAUCCUUCCUAGAUCUGAAAAUGAAGCUGAACUCAUCAGAUGCAAACUUAAAAGGAAACUCGAAUAUAAAGGUUAUUGUCAGUAUGAAUUUGUUAGCCGAAAGAAAAUAUGCAAAGGUUUGGAAUAUUUACAGCAAAAAAAUCCUUUUUAUCAUGAUAAAUUACUGAAUGACAAAUGGAUAGAACAUACACCUUCAGAUUUUAAAGAUCUCGUUACUGAAGAGGCAGAACUUACUGAAGUUAUAGCAGAAGAACAUGAUAAAGAUGACAAAAAUCACGACGAUGAAGACAUUUCAUUUAAAGAUAGAGGCUUACCCUCAGACACUUGCCUUCAACCUGUUGAUUUAGGACAGGAAAUUCUCGACCAACAUUUCGAAGACAUCUUUUGUGUUGCACCAGGUGAAGGCAAUACACCUGUCAGCAUGUUGCAAGAACAUGGCAACGAAGCAAUGUCAUUUCCUGUUCAAUUUCCAGAGGGAUCUUUUGGAUCAUAUGAUGCAAAGAGACUUGUUCCACUAACAAGAUCAAGAUAUUUCCAUGCUCGUCUUUUUAACGCUGACACCCGAUUUUCCGGUGACACUUCAUACAUAUUCUAUGCUCAGUACCUUUCAGAACUCGAGCAGGUCAUAUCAAAAGUCUCAAUAGCAUUGCGCAAAAGUAGCGGAAAAGAUAAGACGGGAAAUAUUAUUACAGCAAGAAUGCUUACAGAUAAAAACCAACUUAAAAGGCUGUUAACAACUGAUCAAGGAUAUAAAUUUAUGACACCAAUCAGAGGUACACCUCCAUAUUGGCAGGCAACACUCCGUGAUUUAAUGGCUAGUAUACGUCAAUUAGGAAUACCUACCUGGUUUGCAACCUUCUCUGCGGCUGACUUAAGAUGGAAAGAAACACUCCAAGUACUUCUUGAGCAACAAAAAAGCACACAAUCUUUGGAGGAUCUUGACUGGACUGGUAAAUCGGAACUACUACAGUACAACCCAGUAAUGAGCGCUGUGAUGUUUGAUCACAGAUUUAAUACAUUCCUUAAAGAAAUUAUAAUUAAAAAAAAUAUCAUUGGUAAUGUGAAGGACCAUUUUCAUAGGAUUGAGUUCCAACAACGCGGCUCUCCACAUGCUCAUUGCCUUUUUUGGAUUAAAGAUGCACCAUUACUGGACACACAUGAUGACAAAGAAGUGUGUGAUUUUGUUGACAGUUACGUAACUUGUGAUCUACCUGGUGAAUCCGCUGACCCUGAAUUGCACGAAAUAGUGAGCAGUGUACAGCAGCACAGCAAGAAUCACUCUAAAUCAUGUGCAAAAAAAGGGACUGAAUGCAGGUUCAAUUUCCCACGACCACCGUCAAAAAAUACAUUUAUUUCUCGAACUUCAACUCAAUCAGGACCUUCAGUACAAAAACCAUCAAAACAAAGACUUUCCUUUGCAAAAGACAUUCUACUCAGGCUAUGGAAGACUGUCAACAAUACCAAUAUAGAGAAUAUUACAACCCAAAACCUGUUUACUGCAGCUGGAAUAACUCAGGAAGAAUUUGAAACUGCUUCAAACGUUCUAACAAAGCGAACUACUGUUACUAUAAAACGUAAACCUGCUGAUAUAUGGAUCAAUCAGUACAACCCUACCCUAUUGCGUUGUUGGAAUGCAAACAUGGAUCUGCAGUACAUAACUGAUGCUUAUUCAUGUGUUAUGUACAUUAUCUCCUAUAUUUCAAAAGCAGAGAGAGAAAUGGGCUUAGUCUUAGAAAAUGCCAGAAAAGAAGCAGCAGAAGGUAAUAGUGAUGCUCAGGAUGCCAUGAAAAAAAUUGGAGGGGCAUACUUCCGCCAGCGGGAAGUGAGCGCACAAGAGGCUACGUAUAGGGCAUGUGGUCUCCAUCUGAAGGAGUCAUCAAGAAAGGUUCAGUUCCUUACUGUAGGUGACAAUCAAGUGAAAAUGAGCUUGCCGCUCAAUAUCAUACAAAUGAAGGCCAAUCAGUCCGAUGACAGUAUCUGGAUGCAUUCGUUGUAUGAUAGAUACAAGGCUCGCCCAGUCAGCUUUCAGUUUGACAUUCUCUGUUAUGCUUCAUUUUCAUCUGAUUAUCGUAUUCUGUCACCUUCUCAAAUUCCUAAAAAACCUUCACAAUAUGUAUUCAAGCUGCAGAAUGAUCUUGGAUACAUUCGAAAACAUUCUCGAACAGAGUCGGCCGUUGUAGCAUAUCCAAGAUUUUCUAAAAUCAAGAAUCCGGAGUUAUAUUUUAAAUCAAGUCUACAACUUUUUUUACCACAUAGAAUUGAUGACCAGUUAAAACCUCUCAAAUUUAAAACAUACCAGGAAAUGUAUUUGAAUGGAGCAGUUUCUCUUGACUCAUCAAAGAAACCACAGCAAGUUAAAAGUAUUGUGGAAUCAAAUAGACAUUUAUUUGAAAAAAAUGCAGAUGAAUUGGAUGAAGCGCGGGAUUUAUUAGAAAAACAAGGACCACUUGAAGAUGCAUGGGCAUUGAUUGCUCCAGAAUCGGAGGCUGAACGUUUAGAAGCACAGGUGGAGAAGGAACAUCUUGAUGAUGAAGAUGGUUCAGAAAUACCAGAUUUAGACAUUUUAAACAAAAAAGUCAGAAAAGGGACAGAUUUUGAAGUUAGGCAAAGCAUAUUUACCUGUCAGCAAAUACAACACUUAUUGCGACAACUAAAUAUAGAACAAAAGAGAGUGUUUUAUCAGAUUAGACAGUGGUGCCUAGAUAAAGUCAAUGGCAAAAAUCCACACCCUUUUAAGGUUUUUAUCAAUGGGGGUGCUGGUACAGGUAAAAGCCAUUUAAUUAAGUGUUUGUGUUAUGAGACAAACAAAAUUUUAUCUCCACAUGCACCUAAUCCAGAUGAUAUUGUUGUUCUUAUGACUGCACCAACAGCAACUGCUGCUUUUAAUAUUGGUGGAACAACUCUUCAUCAAGCCUUUUCGCUCUCAAAAUCACUGCCCUUUCCUUAUAUUUACAAAAGAGAUGAUGAAAUAAACAAGCUUCGCACUAAACUUCAGAACCUUCAAAUAUUGAUUAUUGACGAAAUAUCCAUGGUCGGUCAACGUGUGCUCCUGUAUAUCAGUGAGCGACUUCGUCAAAUCAAGCAAAGCGGAAAUGCUCUGUUUGGGAACAUAUGUGUUAUUGCAGUGGGAGAUUUCUACCAGCUUCCACCUGUGAAACAAAAGUGUCUCUACGAUCUGAGACCAGAACACUUUUUCCCAUUAUGGAGUUUAAAUUUUUCACUGGUAGAAUUAAAUCAGAUUAUGCGACAGAAGGAGGAUUCUGAAUUUGCGCAAUUAUUGAAUAGGUUACGUGUCAAGAAGAAAACUGAACAUCUGCUCCCUCGUGAUCUAUCUGUAUUAAAAUCUUGUAUGCAGCAUACAGUUCCAGUAGAUAGUUUGCACAUUUUUGCUACUAACAAAGAGAUUGAUUCUCACAACAGCAAAAUGAUAGACAAAGUCUGUGAAGAAACAGUAACAAUGAUGGCACAGGAUUACGAUAGAAAUCCGCAGACAGGUGAGCUUAUUCUCAGACCUACGCCAUAUGACAGUUCACAUGAUUAUUUACCAGCACAGUUGCUUAUUGGACCAAACGCCCGAGUAAUGCUUACAAGAAAUAUUGAUAUUACAAUAGGCUUAGUCAAUGGAGUAAUUGGAACUGUCAUAAGCAUAUUACCUGGCCAAAAAGGUUCUUCAUUGCCGCAUGCUAUUAAAGUGCUGUUUGACAAUGAACAUAUUGGACGGAAACAUAUCACAUCCUCACACCAAACAGAACAUAUACCAAUUGAUAUUACACCAAUUGAAGAAAGCUUGAGGAAAAAUGCUGUCAGAUAUCAAUUUCCAUUACAGUUAGCGUGGGCCUGCACUACCCAUAAAGUACAGGGAAUAACCACUGACAAAGCAGUUAUCUCAAUGAAGAACAUUUUUGCUGCUGGAAUGGCUUAUGUUGCUCUCAGUCGUGUGAAAUCAAAAGAAGGUCUUCUUUUACAAGACCUGGAUGAAGACAAGAUCUACUGCACUGAGCAGAUAUCAACUGCACUACAAAGGAUGCCCAAGUAUUUAGUCGAACAACAUUAUGAUCAGAACUUUAAGCAAAAUCAAUUACGUAUAUUGCUACAUAAUAUUCAAGGGUUAAUUCCACAUAUUGAAGACCUGCAGGCCAAUAGUGAUAUUCAAAAUGUGAAUUUUAUUUGUUUGACAGAGACCUGGAUGGAAUCAAAUUCUGUUUCACCGAAUUUAACCAAUUUCAAUCUGAUACAUAAACCAAGAUCUGCCUCAUAUUCAUCAUCAAAAGCUAUAUUUGAAGACCUCAGUAACAAAAAACAUGGUGGUGUUGGUAUUUAUGUUAGAAAUCAGCAACAGUAUACUCAAUUAAUAUUUGAGACUAGUAAUAUUGAAUGUGUUGGUUUGAGAAUUGAAAAUAUCAAAACCAAUAUAGUUGUCAUUUAUAGACCAGAAUCAUAUACGACAUCUAUAUUCUUGGAACAGUUACAACAGCUUCUUGUAUCCAUACCACAAGACGACGGAUCAACAAUAGUUUUGGGAGAUUUUAAUGAAGACAUACUAAAAUCUAAUUCAACAAUACAGAUGUUCAUGAAAAAAUUUGGAUUCAUGCAAAUAUUGCACAACCCAACAACUGAUGGAGAUACCCUCAUCGACCAUGUAUAUGUUCGCGGAAAAUUGCAAAUUUCGUUGGACACUAUACAAACAUAUUAUAGUUAUCACAACAUGGUGCUAUUGCAAAUUCCUGUUGAUUAA